UAACUUGUACUAUUAAUUUCUUCCUAAUUUCAUUUGCAUUUCAAAAAUUUCCCCAACUCUCCUUAUUAUUAUUGGAGUAUACUCUAUAAAUACCCGUGUCCUUUCUCUCCCUUUAUUCUCCACUUCCGUUUCCACCAGCAGCAGCAGCAGCAGCACCACCACCACCAGAGAAGAGAAAAGAAAGGGAAAAGAAGCGUCGUCGUUUUCUGCUUCUUCUUCCACUCUCUCUGAAACUCACUUCAUUCUUUUCUUAUUCAGUAUUGUAAAAGAUGGCCGAUGGUGAGGAUAUUCAGCCCCUCGUUUGUGACAAUGGAACUGGAAUGGUGAAGGCUGGUUUUGCUGGUGAUGAUGCUCCCAGGGCAGUUUUUCCCAGUAUUGUUGGUCGGCCCCGACACACCGGUGUCAUGGUUGGGAUGGGUCAGAAGGAUGCCUAUGUAGGAGAUGAGGCACAAUCUAAAAGAGGUAUCCUUACUUUGAAAUAUCCCAUUGAGCAUGGUAUUGUCAGCAACUGGGAUGAUAUGGAAAAGAUCUGGCAUCAUACAUUCUACAACGAGCUCCGUGUUGCUCCUGAGGAGCACCCUGUGCUUCUCACGGAGGCACCUCUCAACCCAAAGGCCAACAGAGAAAAGAUGACUCAGAUCAUGUUUGAGACCUUCAAUGUACCUGCCAUGUAUGUUGCCAUCCAGGCCGUUCUCUCUUUGUAUGCCAGUGGUCGUACAACAGGUAUUGUGCUGGAUUCUGGUGAUGGUGUUUCUCACACUGUGCCAAUCUAUGAAGGAUAUGCCCUUCCGCAUGCCAUCCUCCGUCUAGACCUUGCUGGUCGUGAUCUCACUGAUUCGUUGAUGAAGAUUCUUACUGAGAGAGGUUACAUGUUCACCACCACUGCUGAACGGGAAAUUGUCCGUGACAUGAAGGAGAAGCUUGCUUAUGUUGCCCUGGACUAUGAGCAGGAACUGGAGACUGCCAAGAGCAGCUCUUCUGUUGAGAAGAACUAUGAGUUGCCUGAUGGACAAGUCAUUACUAUUGGAGCUGAGAGAUUCCGAUGUCCAGAAGUCCUCUUCCAGCCCUCUCUCAUUGGGAUGGAAGCUGCUGGAAUCCAUGAAACUACCUACAACUCUAUCAUGAAGUGCGAUGUGGAUAUCAGGAAGGAUCUCUAUGGUAACAUUGUGCUCAGUGGUGGUUCAACUAUGUUCCCUGGUAUUGCAGACCGUAUGAGCAAGGAAAUCACUGCCCUUGCUCCAAGCAGCAUGAAGAUUAAGGUCGUUGCACCACCUGAGAGAAAGUACAGUGUCUGGAUUGGAGGAUCUAUCUUGGCAUCACUCAGCACCUUCCAGCAGAUGUGGAUUUCCAAGGGUGAGUAUGAUGAGUCUGGUCCGUCCAUUGUCCACAGGAAGUGCUUCUAAGUUUUAUUAGUGCUUUGAUGGUUAGUUACAUUUUCCAUGGCUUUUUUGUGUCCUGUGUCAAAUGAACUCAAAGUCUGGUUGAUAUGGGAAAGUGUUGAAGUUGGGGAUCAUUGAAGGAGGGUGUACUUUGAUCUUGAUGUAUUAUAUAAGCCUUCCAUCUGUUAUUACUACUGAUGCCCUCUGGUGUCACUGCGAUUGAGAUGAUGGCCCUUUGGAUACGGUGGUUGGCAGACAAUUGGUGCUUAGUUCCUUCCUUUCCAUGCAUCUUUCAACCAUGUUUCUUAAUUGGAUGCUUGUAGUUGGAGAGUGAUUGUGAUGCUUCUUUCCUAUAUUUCCUUUAAUUUCAUAUUUGAGGCUUUUUUUCCCCUGAGAACAUUAAUGUUAAUAGCUAUUGUACGAGAAAAUUUAAAUUAGUGUCAGUUUGCGGUCAUAAACUUUUGUGGAAAUUAUAUUUGAUACCUGGUUUUGG